AUGUCUGGCGACGAAGAAGCAUCCAAAUCAUUACCGUCCACAUCUGAAACGACUGAAACCAACAACAUUGCAGAGUCAACUGAACAGAGUACAGAAGGUGGUGGCGACACCAAUGCCGGUGCAUUAGAAGUUACUGAUGAUAAAGCUGCGGCUGCAGAUGAAUACAUUCGUUUACGCGUGAUAACUAGCGAUAUGACCAAUGAGGUGCACUUCCGUGUAAAGGCUGCCACAGCCUUGGUUCGCCUGAAACGCUCAUACUGCAGCAAGUUGGGUUUUCAGGUGGACGAGCUGCGUUUUGUGUUUGAUGGUCAUCGAAUCACUGAUGAUGAUACCCCAAAAAAGCUAGGUAUGAUCAAUGACGAUGUCAUAGAAAUUUAUCAAGAAAGAACUGGUGGUGGCAUGCAAUGUUUGUAA